AUGGCAGAGGCUGCAGAUGAGGUCUAUGCUAGUGCUACUACUGCUACCGGAGUUAAACAUGACGUCCGCCAUAUCUACGACGGGGUAGUCAACAUCCCUCCCAUAGCAGGAGGUGGAUGGACCGGCUAUUGCGCCACCACUCGUACUGCUACCCAUGUUGACGGUGCUACUAGUGGACCCUACUACGCCUCCACCGGCAACAGCAAGGCCAAAGUCACUAAUGCGGUGGCAGUACAGAUAGGGUCGUGGAUGAUAGAUGGCAAGUGUGGUCGCCUCGCUCAAAAACCUCAGCUUACCGGACAGAUUGACGUGAAUGCGCUGGUUCCCUUGCGUUCCUUACGCACCAUCAGUUUGAUGAACAACAGCUUUGAGGGUUCGAUGCCUGAAUGGAAGAAACUCGGCGCUCUCAAGUCGCUCUUCUUGUCCAACAACCAUUUCUCUGGACAGAUCCCCCCGGAUGCUUUCAAGGGCAUGGCUUCUUUGAAGAAAGUUUAUCUGGCAAAUAACAGGUUUACGGGCAAUAUUCCUGUAACGCUAGCCACCCCUAGGCUUUUAGAACUGAGGCUGGAGAACAACCAAUUUACAGGGCCCAUUCCAGAUCUCAAGCCAAGUCUCAAGGUUUCUAAACGAUAG